AUGGAUUGGGCUGAUGAUAAUGCGAUAUGCUGUCAAAAUGAAGCCAGCAAAGUUUUCAGAUACCAGGAGAGACCUACCAGCGUGAUACGGGUAGUUCCAGGACUAGUAAAACCGCUGGUGUGGACAAUGAAUAGUGAAGAGGACUGGGAUAAUUGGUUUCGAACCGAGCACCCAAAGCUCAACGGAAAGCAUUCUGGAUUCGUUAUUAUUCUGGCAAGAAGAGAUGGCGAGCCUAAGCUUGAUCCAGUGAAAAGAAAGGAAUCGAAUGAUUGGAUUAAAGAUAUCAAACAAGUCACUCCGAAUGAUAGCCACCCAGAUUCACUCCGUGGGACCGGAGGUCAAAGAACCCUGCGAAACUUGCCAUUCUCGGAGAAAGUGUUCAAGAGGAUUGCACAUGAAUUUCAUAUACAUAACUCGAUUAUCCGGGUUGUCAGUCGUGCAGAUGUUUCUGACUUCUCCGCCAUGAACUUGGAAAUGGGACAACAUAACGGCCAGAGUCUACCUGCACACGUAUACAAUAUCCGCACUUCGAAUGCUUGGGAUAGAGACCUGGCAGCAACAACGACAUAUUUCCCCAGUUGCAACCUGAGCUUCUCAAUCAUGUUCGGCUGCACACUAUCAGUCGAGGCAGAGAUAUUGACGCGGUUAGGAAGAACGACCUAUGAGACAUACCACCCAUUAUUAGUACCCAGCCUGAUUGUCGAACUUGAAAGGAAACGACAUCUCCCUAUUGUCGAAGAUACCAUUGACCAAGUUGAAACACGAAUCCUGGAGCUGGACCAAGACCCCGAGUCAUUGGAACGUAUAAAAGAAAGGGAAAAGGUAGCCCUUAAGGAAGCAAAAAGAUCGGCCUGGCUGGAUAUGCUAUAUCUUCGCAACCAGCUCCUCAGUUGGCGUAGUUGCCUGGAAGCAUUGGAUAAGCAGACGAGAUAUCUCAACCGCAGAAUCACUCAAAGGCCAUUUCCCCGAUUUUCAUUUCGUUACGAAGGGACGGACGGCUUUAGCGUUGUGGACGAUAACUCCUCGGAAUACAGUUCAGACUUCGAUGACUCGUUGGAGAUAAGACCAGUAGACUGUGUUCCGGAACUUGCAGCUGAGGAACUGGAUUCAACGCAGCUUGUUGUUGCAGACUUUGAGCCAUCCUACCAAGAGAGCCGCGGGGCUUUUACAGAUUCUGAAUCUCAUAUAAGACGAACUGGAACAAAGAUCCGAGGACGACUGCAAGAGAUUAAGAAAGACUACAACGAGAAGAUCCAAGAGUGUACAUCUGGUAUUGAAGGAAUGGUCAUGUCAACGCAAUGGGCUCAAGGAGAAACAAACGUGGAAAUAGCUUUAGCAACAAGCCAGGAUUCUCGCCACAUGAGAUCAAUAGCACUUGUCACUAUGGUAUUUCUACCGGGGACAUUCUUUGCAAGUGUAUUUUCAAUGGGAUUCUUCGACUUCAAAGACUCUAGAGGAUCUGUUAUUGUAUCCCAGCUAUUCUGGCUCUACGUGGUUCUAGCCGCAGGCUUCACAGGCCUCACAGUCGGAGCGUGGUAUUACCUCGGAGUCUAUCGAUACAAGAAGCACAGAAGCUUGGCAUCGGGACUAAAACGAAGUUAUUGUUCUAAUCUGAGAGUAUUUGAUCUUCUGAGACCCCGAAAGACAGAAUGA